CUGGAAACACCCCUCAAAAAAGAAAAGAAAAACUCAUCGCAGAGCCGCCGCCGACCGUAGCACAGCGGCAGAGAAGUGCGGCAAGCGGCCAUGGACUUCUGCCCGGCGUGCGGGAUGCUGCUGCAGAUCCAGCCGGCCACCGGCGGCCACCGCCUGCGCCUCUUCUGCCCCACCUGCCCGUACGUCUGCCCCAUCAAAAACAAGAUCGUGAAGAAGGCGAGGCUGGUCAAGAGGGAGGUGGAGUCCGCGGAAUCUGCCCCCAAGACUGAGGGUGAGCCCAAGGAAUCGGCCCCCAAGACUGACGGUGAGCCCAAGGCCGAUGGUCAGCUCAAGCAAUCUGCCCCCAAGACUGAGGGUACAUGACCAAAUUGACACAAUGGAGAAACAUACUUUUGGCAGAUGUGGAUUUGAUUAGUACAUGUCUACAAGCAUUGUGAAACUUAAGAGUAUCUGGACAUGCGAACAUGUGGAGCUUCUUUGAUCAAAUUAUGUUGCAGCACACAAUGCCAAAAGCCACCAAUCUUGUGCAAAGUAAAGUGAUAUACAUCUGACAGUGCAGAAGCUCACUUCAAUGUUGGUUUGUUAAUUGGACGCUUCCUUUUUUUGCGGGGUAAUUGGACACUUCCUUUAUGUGACAUUGCAGGCUUUUUGGUAUGGAGAUGCUUUUUGUGUGUGUGUGUGCGCGCGCGCGCUAGAGGUGUUGAUUUGGUGUAUGAAUACUCUUAUUCAACCAGCACAAGAAUGGGUAUGAUUGUGAGUCCAUGCAUAA